AUGUCAUUUGGCACAAACGCAAAAAUGGGAUUCUCUGUGCGGGACAUCCUCGAUCUUCCCGACCGGUCCGGGAGAUGCGGGUCUGGCACCGAGGAGACCGAGGAGGACGAUGCUGAAGAGGCCUCGGCGGAGGCUCCGGGGACGGAAAACACGCAGAAACUGGGAUUUAGCGGAUUGUGUGAGCGCGGCGGUGAAGGCUUGGAGAGGUGGAGCUGCGCAACUGGUAACCUGCAUUUUUCAUUACAUGGUCUGUCUUUAGAGUCCCGUACCUAUCCUAAGUCCCCCGAGCUCUCCAUGGAUGAGUCCCCAGACGCAGAUCGGGAGCAGCCGUGCGGAGAGGCGCAGAAGAGCCGCGGCAGGAAGCGGCGCGUCCUCUUCUCCAAGGCGCAGACUCUGGAGCUGGAGCGCCGCUUCAGGCAACAGCGCUACCUGUCCGCCCCGGAGAGGGAGCACCUGGCCGGACUGAUCCGCCUCACCCCGAACCAGGUGAAGAUCUGGUUCCAGAACCACCGGUACAAGAUGAAGCGCGCCCGGGCCGAGCGCAGCCUGGACGCGCUGCAGCUGCUGCCGGCCCGUCGGGUCGCCAUCCCGGUCCUGGUGCGGGACGGGAAGCCCUGCGACCGGAUCACAGCGCACGACCUGGAGGCGACGUUCAGGUCCGGCCUCAGCCUGCCUCUGUGCGCCUACUCCCCGCUGCUGCACCCCGCGUACGGCCCGGACCACAGCGGCCUCCCGCAGCAGCAUCCUGGGAUGCAGCAGCUGGCGCACAUGUACCACUGGAGCUGGUGA